GUUUCAUCCUCUCAGCGUUUCCGUCUCUAGCGUCCAACACACAGUGAAGUCAAAGGCCGCUCUAAAACCGCUCGAAUGAGGCUGGCGGAGAGGAUUAAAACCGACACAAAAUAUGAUCUUUUGAUGGUUUACGUUCACCCAAAGCAAGCUUACCGUUUCACAAGAGGAGUGUUGAAGGUUGGUAGUUUGCGGUGACGAUGAAAUAGCGACGCUGUAGACGAGUCUUCGUGGAUAUUUUAGUCCUUUUUUACCUCGAUUCCAGUGAGCUGCUUUCUGAGCUGCGAUGGUCGUCUUCAGUUUAUGCGGAUGUCUCCGGGUUAGUCGUUACUAAACCAACGGCAACAAAUGGGACCAUCCAGCAUCGGCCGAAAACACCGCGGCGCAGACUAACACAUUAAACAUUCACAUAUCUAUUGAAUCUGUGGACAUUCAGACAGAGGAUUCUGUGGACUCAGACGGCAGGUGUUUACUAGUUGGAUUUUAGCCCACUGACAUUCUCCCACAGCCAUGGAAUCGACGGUUGAUGACGAUGCAAUGGCAGCGUGAAUGAAGCUUGGCGUGGGGAGAGCUGAACGAUGCCCAAAGGUGGGGGUUCUAAAACCCCCCAGCUGGACCACUUCCCACUCAACACCGACAUGGUGGAAAAGCAGGGUGGGAAGAAGGAUAAAGUGUUGUCAAACAAGACUCCCAAAUUGGAUCGCAGUGAUGGGGUCAAAGAGAUGAAAGAAAAGGCCCCUAAAAGGAAGCUGCCCUUCACUGCUGGAGCUAAUGGAGACCAGAAAGAUUCUGACUCAGAGAAACCAGGUCCAGAGCGGAAGCGCAUUAAAAAGGAGCCCACCAACACCCGGAAGGCGGGUUUGCCGUUUGGAAUGGGGAUGCCAGGGAUCCGGGCCGGGUACCCCCUCUCUGAGCGGCAGCAGGUGGCCUUGCUCAUGCAAAUGACAGCUGAGGAGUCCGUCAACAGUCCAGACACAACACCAAAGCAUCAGUCGCAGUCCAGUAUGGGUCAGAAGGGAACGCCAAACUCUGCAUCUAAAACCAAAGACAAAGUGAAUAAACGGAACGAGAGAGGAGAGACUCGGCUGCAUCGAGCAGCAAUCCGUGGAGAGGUACGCCGCAUCAAGGAGCUCAUCAGCGAGGGAGCUGAUGUGAAUGUAAAAGACUUUGCAGGCUGGACUGCAUUGCAUGAGGCGUGCAACAGGGGGUAUUAUGAUGUGGCCAAGCAGCUGCUGGCAGCCGGAGCAGAGGUCAACACCAAGGGUCUGGAUGAUGACACCCCUCUGCACGAUGCAUCCAACAAUGGACAUUUCAAGGUGGUUAAGCUACUUUUACGGUAUGGAGGAGACCCACGGCAAAGCAACAGGAGAGGGGAAACGGCAUUGAAGGUCGCCAACUCUCCAACUAUGCUGAACCUAUUGCUGGGGAAAGGCACUUACACCUCAAGUGAAGAAAGUUCGUCAGAAUCUUCGGAGGAGGAAGACGCCCCCUCGUUCGCCCCGUCCAGCUCUGUCGAUGGCAAUAACACGGACUCGGAGUUUGAGAAGUUGAAGUUGAAAGGCAAAACCGUAGACCCUCCUAAAUCUGCCGUCACACCCGUCAAAGACGAAUACGAAUUUGAUGAGGAUGACGAGGAGGAGCGUGUUCCUCCCGUGGACGAUAAACACCUCUUGAAAAAAGACUUCCGUAAGGAGCCGACCCCUAAGGGCAACAGCCUCACCGCCGUACCCAAGACGGAGGUCAAAACAUAUUCCAAAAGCAACUCGCUCACACCAAAGAAAACUGUCAGGCGGAUCAUCUCUGACAGUAACAGUUCAGACGAGGACGACAGGACGUGUUUCACGCCAGCGCCUACGCCGCGGCAACAAGCCCAGCAAACAAAUACCAAGACUAGAGACUCUGGCAGCAUGAGCUCUAAACAACAAAAAGACAAGAAUAAAGUCAAAAAGAAACGGAAGAAGGAGAGUAAAAACAAUGUCAGUAAAGAAGUCCGGUUCGGUAAAGUCAAUGACAAGUUCUGUACAUCUGACUCUGACUGUGGAGAUAUGGAGAGUGAGGAUGAUAAGGGCUCAAACAGUAUAAAGGAUUCUUCUGCAACGAGCCUGAAAGACUCCCCCAACUUUAAUGCAUCCUCCUCCUCUUCCCACGGAAACUCGAAUUCUCAGAAACAAGUACCAUCAUUAGCAGAACAGCAUCCAAAGCAGUGGAGGACAGAUGGCUGGAAGACGGUGUCGUCUCCUACGUGGUCAGACGUCAGCUCUCUCUCUGAUUCAGUCAGAACAAGGCUGUCCAGUGAGUCUGACUACUCCUCCGCUGAUUCCAGUGUAGAGUCAAUAAAACAAGUCAAGAGGAAAGCGCAGGAGAACAAAAAGAAAAAUAACAAUGUGCACAGUAGCACGGUAGACAAGAAAAAUUCAGAGCUCUACAAAAACUCCAAUGCAGACAGUGCGGUAUCCAAAACCGAUGUAGAUGGCAAAGUGCUGAAAAAGCAUAAAGUGAAGCACAAGCACAAAAAUAAGGAAAAGGACAAAGCUCCCAGUCUAGUGCUCAAUCAAGACAUGGGUGAGAAAUUUGUCAAAAGCUAUUCUUUUGAUUUUGAUGAUUCACGGCAGAAGUCCCUAAUUGUUGAGUCCGAAUCGCCAGCUGAGAGCAAGGUCAAGUUAUCCAAACACGAAAAAGAUCAUUCGAAAAAGGAGGACAGGCUUUCGAAAAGCAAGUCUGAGGACAAGGAUUGGACAUCUGGAAAAGACCUGCACCGACCAGCAAAAGAGGAGAAAAGUAAGAAAACAAAGGACUCCGCCAAGGACAAGACGAAUAAGGAGGAGAGGGAGAAGCCUGUAAAAUCUGACAAGGAUAGAAAUGUCAAGGAGAAGGAGAAGCCCAAGGAGGAUAAACAAAAGGCUCACAAAGAGGAGAAAAAGAAAAAGUCCAAGGACAAGUCCUCCUCAAAAGCAGACAGGAAAAGUGAGCAGAAAGAGGAAAAACAUCUGAAGGUGGACAAGGAGAAAAACACCGAGGAGAAGAAGGAGAAAUGUAAAAAAGACAAAGCACAGAAAGAAGAGUCUGAGUAUGAAGACUAUGACGUUAACAACCGUUUCCUCAACUUAGAGGACACAAAGCUGAGUGCCUCAGAUGACCAUCAUGACAGAUGGGGCUCCGAGAUGUCCUCAGACUCCUCCCUGUAUGGAGACGACAGCUGGGAUGCUCCCGUCAAAGAGUACAAGGAAUACAAAGCCAACAACGCUGUUAAACUAAUUGUCGAGACUGUUAAGGAAGAGACGAGGAGGAAAGAAAACAAAGUCAAGGACAAGAAAUCAGAUCACAACGACAAAAGAUCAGAGAAAGAAGCCCCUUCUAAGAAAAAAGACAAAGACUCCUCGGAAAAGACAAAUGAAAAGAAAAAAGACUGGUCAGAAAAACAAAAAUUAAACUCCAGCCACUCCGUUGAAAAAGAAAAGAAGCGGAAGGAGUCCACAGAAACAGUCAAAGACAAAAAAGACAAAGACUCGCUAGACAACAGUCGAGACCGUAAAGACUCGUAUGACUUCGUGAAGGAAAGAAAGGACGUCAAAGUCAAGCAGGAAUCUUUAAGAGAUGAAUAUGGCAGUGAUACGUUCUUCAAAGACGGUGAUGUUGUCGGUAAAUCGUGUGAUAUCAGAGAAAGAAACCACUCUGGAAAGGAGAAGGAAAAGAAGGGCGAGGGAAUAGAAAAGCGAGAAAAGACAAAAGCUGACAAGCACAAAGAGAAAGCAAAAGACAGAGGAGCUGAUCAGGAGAAGGAUAAGAGUGAGAAGAGCUCUGCAGAAAAACCUGUCAAGGAAAAGGAUGCAGACCGGGGCACCAAAGACAAGAAGGAAGGAGUCAAAGACAAACACAAAGAGUCUCAUGGCAAAGACAAAGAUCGGAAACUGUCUUCAGAACAGACCAAGGACAAGAAAGAAAAGGCCUCUCAAGACAAACACGCUGAUAGGGAGAAGGAUUUCUUGGAGGUAAAGAAAGAGAAACCUGAGAAGAAAACGUGGUACGCCGACAUCUUUACUGAUGAAAGUGAUGACGAUGAGGACAGCUACAAUGGGGCUGUUGCACUUGUGACUGACUGCGUCAGAAAAGAUUUAACGCCUGAAAUGGAUGAGCUGGAUCACUUCCCUUCGGAAAAAUUGAGAAAACCUUCUGCUGAGGCUAAACACAACACAGAAAAGGCAAAAGACAAAGAACACAAAGACAAGAAGAAAGAAAAGGCCACAUUUGACACAGGUAAAGAGAGGAAAGGCUCCCUAGAGAAACACAACAAGGACAAGAAAGAUUCUGUGGAGGCGAAACAUAAGGAAAGAAAAGACCGAAUGUCUGUGGACUCAAAUCAAGAGAAGAAGAUUAAGCAGAAGCUGUUGGACAAAAGGGACACCAGUGAGGAAAAGACAAAGAGCAAAUAUAAAGACAAGCUGGACCACUCUAAGGAAAGGAAACCCUCAAAAGGCAGCGGUGAGAAUGAAAAGUCCCUCUUAGAAAAACUGGAGGAGGAAGCUAUGAACGACUACAAGGACGACUCCAAUGACAAGAACAGUGAAAUCUCCUCAGAUAGUUUCACUGACCGAGGUCAUGAGCCCGUCCUCACUGCCUACUACGACUCCAUCAGCCUGACCGACGUCUCUGAGGACAGGAGAGACUCCCUGUCCAUAUCUACACCCCAAGACAAGUUCAGAGAGAAAGAGAGGCAUCGACAUUCCUCUUCAUCUUCAUCCAAGAAAAGCCACGACAAGGAGAAGGAAAAGGUCAAGAAGGACAAAGGAGACAAACGUGACAAGACAGAGGAGAUCAGAGAGUCCUACAGCCGCAGAGAGAGUCUGCCGUUUGAGAAAGAGCCCAUGCCUCUAGAGGCCGACCCUUACACAUUCCCGUACGGAAGUAAGGGAGACGGCGAAGACGACUUCGACAAAACAUUGGAAUUUGAGAAAGAGAUGUCCAAAAAGGACAAGGACAAAGCAGCCAGUGUCAUCAGUGACAGGACGAAGGACAAAAAGAAAAAGGAGAAACAUAAGGAGAAAAUAAAGGAGGAGAAGAACAAGUACAUCGAUGGCUUUGGGUCUUUUAAACACUCCAAAGAGGAUGUGAAGUCAGGGUUGAAAGACAGCCCACAGGUCACCGUUCUGAAGGAGAGGACAAAAGAAGAUAGUCCUAAAUUUGAUAUGAAAAAAGACAGAAGUCGGGACACAUUGGACAAAGACACCAGAAUGGACCACAGUAAAUCUAAGGUUAAGGAUGAAAAUGAAAAGCUCACUCAGUCCAAAGACGCAGCGAGGAAAGAUAAUCGUCCGCGUGAAAAACUGCUGGUGGACGGCGAUUAUCAAAUGACAAGUUUUGGUCAGAUGUUGAGUCUAAAAGACCAGGAGAUUGAAGAGCGCCACAAGAGACAUAAAGAAAGGAUGAAGCAGAUGGAGAAGCUGAGACCCAAGUCAGGGGACCCUAAACUCAAGGACAAGACCAAGUCCACAGAGGAAGUACGGAAAAACCGCAGCGAGCUCUCAUCAAAGAAAUCCAACAGUCUGGAGUCUGGUCUUAAAGAGAAGAAGCUGAAGGACGUGGGUCUCCCGGCCCAAAUGAUGUCCCCGAGCAGGAAGUUCCAGCCUACGGACGGUCAAAACUCAAAGGACUGGUUGCCCAGUCACCAAACGAAGGAGAACCUUCCCGCUUCUCCCAGACCGGAUCAAAACAGACCAACUGGUGUCCCCACACCAACAUCUGUCAUCUCCUGUCCCAGCUUUGAGGACGUGAUGCAGACUCCACGUACCCCGUCCUGUAGUGCAGAGGAUUACCCUGAUUACCCUGACGUGGAUGUGCUGGACUGCCAGGCCUCAUCAGCUAUGACUAUAUCAACGAAUGCCUGCUCUCCAACCUACUUUGAAAGCAGGUACUCUAACUCCCAGAGUUUCCAGGAGGGCACAUGUCCUACCCCUGCAAAGAACCUCCAGCUGCCACUCAUCAGCUGCUCUGCAUCCUCCGACGUCCGCAGGCCUCUGGACGAUGAGCUCAAGGCCGAGGCUGACAAGUUCCUCCGACAGCAGAGUGAUCCAGCAGCUGAAUUUGAUCCAGCAGCUGAAUUUGAUCCGUCAUCUUCCUCCCAAACUCUAGAGGACAAAUCAGCAACCGUGGACAGACUGGAGUGUCUGCCAUCUCCUUAUUUCUCCCCACUUCGAAUGUUGUCCCCUCGGCUGGAACCGGCCCUUCCAACAACAGAUGUGGAAGCGCCAACUUUUGCUGGCACCGAAGGAAACGAACACUUUCCUGACAGUGUAUACACCAAUUUCUUGCCCAAACCGUCUACGCCAGUUCACAGGCCGGACCCCCAGGAGCCCUGCUUCGACAUCGCUGCACCGCCAACCCCGGCUCCUGCUGCUUUGCCAGCCCUGUACAUCGAUGACAUCCCUGAGCCUCAGCACAGUGAGCCUAACCUGGUCCAAUCAGAUCUUCCCUCUGUCAUGGAAGAACAGGAGCAGGACGAAGAGGAUGAGGAGGACUUUGAGGACGAAGAAGAGGAGGACGAAGAGGACGAAGUUGAUAUGGACGAGGGAGCCGAUGGAGACCACUGCACAGUGGAGGAGCCGGAGCAAACAAGGGAGCCGUGUUCCUUCUCCCCUCCAGUUGAGGACCCUCUUAGGAAGAGCUGGCCUGAGGAGUCUCCAGACCAGCAGGAACCAGAGGUCCAAGAGCUCUCCCCCACACACCCUGAACCCAACCACGGGGAGAACUGUUUUGAUCACGGCAUGGGUUGGAACCCUGAUAUGGACCUCAAAUCUCCCCACAGGACAUAUGGAGAGAUAGAGGCCGCCGUCUCCAAAAUAACCAGUCCAUACCAUUCGGACAGUGAGAUACAGCACUUGUCUGGACACCCUUCUGUCACGCCCCCCUAUGCUACCUGGAAUAGGUGGACCCAGAAAGAGGACCCAGAGGACUUUGAUGAACAUGAUGAACAUAAGGAGGCCGUGGAUGACAUCCCAUCUCCAGAGAGGCCCGACGCCGCUCUUGAUGAGGAACCCAACUAUCUAAACACCUCGUCAUCCUCCAAUAGGCUGGAGUCUUUCUUCCACGACUGUAACAAGCCUAGCAUAGAGGAAAGUCACCAGAUGGAGUCAACAUGUGAAGAACCAGAUGACAGACAGACCACGCACAGCUUCAAUGAUACCACCGAGAGCCCCAUGGCUCCAACUGUGGGCCCCGAGCCUGUGGUGCCCUGGGCGGACCCAUUCUCAUCUGAUGCAGAUUACCUGGGACCGUUCUCCUUGCCCGACUUACCGCUACCAGACAAGUUGGAAGAAGCUGAGUCUCGAGAGCCAGAACUAGCUGACCACAACAAGACCUACAUUAGACAUACCACAGAUACAGAUAGGGAUGACCCGGACAUAAUGGACUUACCGAGCCUGGCUAAGACUUCAUGCCCUGAUGGAGACCUAGGUGUAGUAGAACCUACCGGACAAGACUUAGUUGCACAGUCACCACACGCCAACUUCCAGCAAGAGUUGGACCCGGAGCCUCAGAGUCUGCCGGUCAACAGCUCUCUCUCUUUAACACCACAACAGGGCAGCUUGUUGGAAAGUAAAGGACCUUAUGGAGUACCUGAUGAGUCAGAUCCCAGUAUGUUGUAUUCAUCUGUGGAAUCAGAACCCAGUCAGCAACAUCACAUUCAGAUCCACCCCUUCGCUGAGUCGUUGCCGUUACCAAUGGAUUCAGUGUCUGCUAUGAAGUCAGAGGUGAGACAGGAGGAGAUGUCUGAGCCUGUAGCAGAGCCCGUUACAUGUCCUCUUCCUCAGCUCCCAGUGGACCCAGUCAACCUCUCCAGCACAGUGGAGCUACCAGACACUCAGGAGACCAUAUCCAAGCUGACGCCGGUCACCCUGACCACCGUGUCCCCCACUGUAGAUAUCCCCAAGAAGGUGGAUGAGAUCCCUCAACGGAUGACCCGCAAUCGCGCCAAGAACAAUCCCUCCGCUGCUGCUCUCCCUCCUACCUCCUGCAUAAUAACCUCGACUGCCACUGCCACCCCUGUAACCACCAGUCCGACAGUGACCCUGAACCCAAUCCCUAUUAGAGCCCUGACACCCACCUCUACCUUCCCAGCUCUGAAGAAAGAAUCCGUGAUUACUGUCUCCUCCGCUGCAUCUAUUACAACCCCAGCAGUGUCUGUGACAACUCCUGCGCCAGUGGUUAUCGGUAAGACGACAAAAGGUCGCUCUCUCCCCGUGGACGAUGAGGACUCUCAGACCCAGCACCCAAGGAAGAGGAAAUUCCCACGUUCUACUGGGCAGCAGGUCCAGGUCCAGCUGGUAAAUAACGCCAUGCAACAGACCAGGGAAAUGAUCCAACAGACUUUGGCUGUAGUGGUCAACGCCAUCAAGCUGGACGAUAUUGAGCCCUACCACAGUGACCGCUCCAACCCUUACUUUGAGUACCUGCAGAUCAGGAAGAAGAUUGAGGAAAAGAGGAAGAUUUUGUGCUACAUCACCCCACAGGCCCCGCAGUGUUACGCUGAAUAUGUGACCUACACCGGCUCCUACCUGUUGGACGGCAAGCCCCUCAGCAAGCUUCACAUCCCUGUGAUUGCUCCGCCUCCAUCGCUGUCAGAACCUCUAAAGGAGCUCUUCAGACAACAGGAGGCCGUGAGAGGGAAGCUCAGGUUGCAGCACAGCAUAGAACGGGAGAAGCUCAUUGUUUCAUGUGAGCAGGAGGUGUUAAGGGUCCACUGCAGGGCAGCCAGGACAAUAGCCAAUCAGGCGGUGCCAUUCAGCGCCUGCACCAUGCUGUUGGACUCUGAGGUGUACAAUAUGCCGUCAGAGACCCAGGGUGAUGAGAACAAAUCUGUGAGAGAUCGCUUCAACGCUCGGCAGUUCAUUUCCUGGAUCCAGGAUGUGGAUGAUAAAUACGACCGCAUGAAGACAUGUCUAUUGAUGCGGCAGCAGCACGAGGCAGCGGCCCUCAAUGCAGUGCAACGGAUGGAGUGGCAGUUGAAGGUGCAGGAGCUGGACCCAGCGGGGCACAAGUCCCUCUGUGUCAACGAAGUGCCGUCCUUCUACGUGCCAAUGGUCGACGUCAACGACGACUUUGUCCUGCUGCCCGCAUGACACACCUGCGCUCGCAGAUCAAGAGCAAACUUUGUCUGAAUCACUUCUUCUCAAAGAGACUUCGUUGAACAGAACGAAUGGAAAGGGCUAGCAAGUUUGAAAAGAGGACUUUAGACAGGAAAAAAUUAUAUUCUAUAGAAAAAGAGUAAAGAUGAAAAAAAACUUGCUCUGGAUUCCCUUCCGUGAAGAAGGAAACCUGUUUUUACUGGGGAAAAAGAAAAACACACAACUUGCACUUUCAUCCUCAAAGUUUUUAAUGCUUUUGUUUGAUCGGAGUGCGAGAAGCAGAAACCGUUUUUGCUUCGAGGCUCCGACAUCGGGACACAACUCCUCAGUGCUCAGUUUCGGUGAGACAGGGGACAGAGAUAUAUUUUCUGCUUUCAUUUUUUGGUCCCUGCUUCAACAGAUCCACCACCAACUGGGAGGAGGUAUCGGAGAAGAGCUCUCCCAACAGCGUGGUGCCUGUCCUGAGGGAGGACUGAGGAGAAGCCUCCCCUGUUGACCCAGGGCUCCUGGUGGGCCAGGAGAACUAGUCCAGCGCGGACCCGGAGGAAGUCAACAGAGCCGCGGUGCAUCAUGUGAAUCUUCAAUGUAAGACAGCUGGGAUGGACAGGCCGGGAAGCUAGAACCGGCCGCUGAUGGUUUUGGGGCUAUAAGACCGUAUACCCAGAGGACGCCCUCUCUGUUCAGGCACUAGCUAACAGUAGUGCAACAGAGCCUGCAGCGGGUUGGAGUACGGCGGUCAGGGCCCAGCGUCUGAGAGGAAGAGACUGACCCUGCGGCCUCUUAGCCUGGCUGAACAGAAGAGGACAGGCAUGGCUCUCUGAGGACAGACCGGAGUGUUCCUCAGCCACCCUGCUUGCUCCAACACAAACACAUCAGACCGGCCAUGGACUGCAAAAACACCACAGGACAAACCAGAAGAAACAAACAAACACACGAAUGUUGAGAUUCAAAGAGACUAUUGAGAAAUUUGUUGCUUUGGCAGGAGGAGAGAAAUAUUGUUUUUGUCUAUUUCUUUACUUGGGCAUUUCAUUGUUUCUGAGGAAGUGACUUGAAACACUACAGAGCCAAUAUUAGUUUAAUGGAAAAAAAAACAAAAAGAAAAAUGAAAAAAAGUUGUAUUCCGUAAAUUAUGUACAGUUUUUAUAUUCGUUAACCAAUGUAUUCUUGCUGCCUUCUAGAUAAUUUAUUUUGCCACACAUUACUGCACAGUUGUAAAUAACCUAUGUACUGUAAUAUCACUCAGUUAAGUGUAAAGAAAAAACAUAAAAGAAAUAAAAAUUAUCUUUUUAUGUACAGUUCACUUUUGGGCAGCACUUUCCCCCCCCCUCAUAUCCAUGGGCCAAAAUGUGUACACGAUUCUGUCAGUAUUUGAAAGACUCCCGUGCACAGUUGUAUGAUCCCAUCUCUAGAUUCAGUCCAGCUCGGUAAAGACGUGGAUCACCACAACACACAGAUAGCUGACACACUUCUGGAUUUAAACCGGCCUCCCACAGGGCCAACCACCAUAUAGUCCCUCAGAUGUAGCAGAAUAGUUGUUGAGGAUUUAUUUAAAGAAUAGACAGAGGAUUAUUAUUAUUCAUUGCUUUACUACACAAUUAUAUCUGAAAAAAAUUCGAACCAAGAAAAUGCCUUUUUCAGUGAAAAAACAAAUGUACUCAUUGUUGGGCAAAGUCACAUAGAUAUAUAUGGGUGGGAUGAAAGUGAGAGAGAUGUCAUUCACGAGCAAAAGCAUCAUGUUUCAAAUUCAUUUUCCGUGUUUUUAAUUUCACAAAAAUUGGACUCAAAUCAUUUCUAAUCAUCACAAAACAUCAUUGUCUCUAAAGCCCAACAGGACGCGGGUCUCUCAACGCUUCGCUACGUGUUCUGUUCUCCCAAACUGUCCCCUUUUUCACAUUUACUAGACUGAAGAGUUGUAACUGAGCGGUUUCAGUCCAUUCAAACAUUGUUUUUUUUAUCAAUCUCCAAUAUUGGCGAGCAGCUUAUUUUUUAUAGGUGCUGUUCCAACUUUACUCACUGGAUGGCGCCAGUACGUCAGCAAACUCAAGAACCUAUUUGCUUCAGAGCUUAGGUCAUUCACUUGAAUGGGAGUUUUUAAAUAUAUUAAAAUUGUAUUUUGUUGUUAAGGGGAGCUCAAUUUGCUUAUAGGAUUCCAAUAUAAUCAGUUAAAUCACAAUAGGCUUCCUCUCCAGUCCCUUUCUAAUUUUAUUAAUGUUUAAUCAACAAGUAGUUUGGCUAGUGCAGUCAAGGAUUUUAAAUGUUAGGUUCCUCGCAUUACUCUUGUUUAAUCACGCCGACAGUUACGAGACUUAAAUCUUCUCCGAAUGAACCAAAAAGUGGACAGACGUUAACACAAAAGUUGGUUCUUUGUCCUCAAUUUGUAAACCCCCAUUUGAAAUGUUGAUUUGUGAUGACUUGUAUUGAUUCUAUAUUUUUUAGUUGGUCUCCCCCGACCUUCCACGCAGGCUUCCCGUCUGUGUGCGAGAGCUGCUCACGUAUCCUGAUGGCAAUAUUAUCUGAAACGUUAUUUACACACUGUCAGUCAGCAUAGCUGUGUAUGGUAUGUCUAGUCAAGUGCAAUGGUUGUUGCUAUUACACUGUGCAGACAAGGUGGCUAGAUGUAUAGUCCUGGGUAUUUUUGAGAGAUACACACACAUCCUGGUUGGUAUACAUAGACAUACAUAUUUGGAUACAAAUAGCCAGAAAUUUUGAAAACCCUGUUUGUCCCUUUUUUUUUGUUUUUUGUUUUUAAUUUGUUGUUGGUUUCUUACACACAGUUUUUGGGGGAAGAGGUUUAAGGGUGUCUUUUGUUCACAGUGUGUGUUUUUUAGCUCAGUGUAUGUAGUUUUGAAUGUUGUUGUGUUUAUCUUAGGGGUUUUUGUUCCUGUAUAAAGCAUAAACACCAGUGGCAUGUCAAUCACGUUGCUUAUUGAGCAGAAUGUAUACCGUUACUAUGCCCUGACCGACCACACCCUCUCACUAUUGUUUACAAGACAUCAAAGUGUGUUUUCCGUUUCGCGUGUCACCUUUUUUUAACGGUUUAAGCCCUGCCUUUGUUUUUACUUCUUUAAUGAGUCAUUUAUUUGAACCACAAAGGCUUGAAAUGGUGAUGGUCGACACAACUGACAGGCGAUUUCUCCCUCCAGUCUGCCGCUGCACAGAGCAAUAGACUAAACAAACCCACCCGUGUUGAUUCUCUCAACUAAUAAAAACAAGUGAUUUCUGGAUAAAUUGAACACAAACACACAUCAGUCCUCAGAUGCAUGUAGAGCACUUGGCCGUGGUGAUACAGAUGCUAGCCUGACACCACCUCAGUCGGCAACAUAUUACCUCUACUCUCCUCACAUUCACUCAUAAUGUUUAUUUUAGAGUUGUUAUUUGUUUUUGUUUUUCUUACUGGACAUAAAUAUACAUAAUUGCUAUUUUUUCAUUCUAUAGAAUCACGAUUUCAAGCCUUUUUUCUAGUUUUGUUUAUUUUUUAAUUAAAACCCAGACUGUAGCUAUUUCUUUGUUCCUUUUUUAGAGUGGAAAAUGACUAAUAAGAAGCAUGGAGAACUACUCUUUAAAUGGUGAGAAAUAACCUAUUUAUUAUCUUUUUUUUUCUUUUUUUUUGAUUUUUUUUUCUGACACCUGUGGUAUGUUUUGUGUUGAAGUUGGUCUCCGCUGUGUAAAUUUUCCUCCUUGUAAUGCGUGAAAGAGACAUACUGUACAUAGCUCUGUAAAUAAAACCUCCCAGGACGUUUUGCACCCUCCUCUUUGUACUAGUCUGAAAAAUUGCGUAGAAUGUGGGGUUCUAACAGCAACGAGCUGCGUGCGCUUGCUGCAGGUGAUUAUGAUGUAACAAUGUAACAUUUUUUUAUUUGUACAAUGUAGUUUAUUUGUGUACAUAUUGUUGGAGCAGCUACGAGGGGGGAGGGGUGGGGGGUUAUAUGAGGGGGGUGGGGGGUUGUUGAUGCUAUUGUCAGUGCUGUAACAGAAAUCCAGUACUUUCACCUCUAGCUGUUGUUGAUUUCCUGCAAAAAAAUAAAGAGAAAAAAGACCUAAAAAAAAAUAAUAAAAAUGCGAGAAACCGAAAAUGACGAUGGAUGGGAAAAAAAGACUAAAACUGAAAAGUAAAAAUUCUAAAUUGUUAUUUUCUACAGUUGCAUGUACAGAGAGCGCGAGAACUGCUGUUGUUCCUCAGAGAUUAUGUUCGUUAAUAAAAUUUUGAAAUAUUA